AUGUUCAUAACACCUGUCUUCAUAGCUGUCUGUCAAUUACUUUUGCUCAAAGUUGGUCCAGGUCCCAACAACGUCGUUCUAGAUUACGGUGAUUUCACUGGAAAAGAUCAAGCUGGACUUCAAAGCUGGACCUCAAUUCCUUUCGCCGAACCGCCUCUCGGCGAAAGACGUUUUGCGUCCCCAGUCGCCCCCAUCAAAAAAUAUCCAAACUACGAUGCUACUAAACCCUCCCCAGGCUGCCCCAAUCCCGACCCUUUGGCCGGUUCAGAUGCGUCUACGGUCUUGAAAAUUUUAAGAUCACUUCCAAAAGGUGUCGUACCUGCUGAGAAAACCAACACAGGUCAAGAAGAUUGUUUGACAUUGGAUAUUAUCAAGCCUUCAGGUUUACCCAAAGACGCCAAGCUUCCCGUAAUCUUUUGGAUACCCCAAGAAUCUUCAAACACGGAUAACCCAACUGGUUUGAUCAAUCACGCUAAAGCGACUCAAAAACCAGUGAUCUGGGUUGCUGUAAAUUGGAGACGAUUCGCUUUUGGAUUUUUGGGCGGGAAAGAAAUUGCGGCCGCUGACGCCGCCAAUCUCGGAUUGAAAGAUCAAAGAUUAGCAAUGGAAUGGGUCCAGAAAUACAUUGCAAACUUUGGUGGAGACCCAAAAAGAGUCACCCUUUAUGGAUCUAACUUGGGAUCCAUGGCCGUGUCUCAUCACUUGGUGGCAUUCAACGGACAGCACAACAACUUGUUUCAGGCUGCAAUCCUCGGGGGAGCCGUAGCUCUUCCUAGUCCAGCUGUUCUUGACGGCCAGAAAACUUAUGAUAGGUUUGUUCAGGCGGUUGGCUGCCCCAUUGGACCAGGAUCGCUCGCCUGCUUACGUCAAGCCACCUUUCAAAAACUUAUUGCGGCCUGCAAUACGUUCCCAGGAUUGUUUGCAGUCAACCGGUACCCUAUCCCAUUCCACACCGUUGUGGAUGGAAAGUUCCUCACCGGUUCUAUUGAAACGUUGGCCAAGGCAGGAAAAAUUGCCAAGGUUCCUAUCAUCGUGGGAGCUGUUGAAGACUCGGGAACAGUUGAUACUUUGGUUGAAGCUGCUCACAUUUUCGAUGAAGCUGGUGUCAUUGACUGGUUGAAGAAAAUCCUUCCCGGUGCUCAACCUGAACAGCUUUCACAUCUUCUUACCCUCUACCCGUCCAACCCUGCUGAGGGAUCACCUUUUAACACUGGCCUAGCCAACGUCUUGAGUCCUGUUUCAAAGCAAAUGGCAGCCAUGUUUGGAGAUAUAGCCUUCCAAGGUAUCCGAAGAUACUUCACACAGUCUAUCCAGGCCUCCACCACAGUUUAUGGUUUCAUUGACCACGGGCUCAAAGGCACCCCAUUCUUGGGAUCAUUCUUUGGCGCGAACACCCUCAGUGCCUUGAGCGCUCAAAGCUCUCCUCGAAGCGACGACAUCCAAAACCGAUACCUCUCAUUUGUUUACACCCAAGACCCCAACCCCAAGGGUUCAACAGUUCAGUGGCCCAAAUAUGGACCAAGUUCUCAAUUGUUGCAAUUUAACGAUGAUGGCAUGGAUAAGAUUGUGCCAGACAAUUUCAGACAAGCACAAAUUGCAUAUUACACCACCAACCUUAUGGGAGAUAGUACCAAGGGUCAUUAG